AUGUUUGAAGUCAAUUCUCAAAAUGUUGAACGAGAAAACUUCGAUACUCAAAAUAUAUUUGAUCCUUCUCAGAUUCUUCUCCCACCAAUGUCAAAAUGGCUUGAGAGAACAAUUGUGUUGGAUUUGGACAACACCCUUGUCAAUGCAACCUUAUCUCGCCCUUCUAAAUACGACUUCACCAUUUCUGUUGAGCACAGUGAUGAGAAAACAUUAACUUAUUAUGUGCAGCGGAGAUUUGGUAUCAAUCUCCUCUUCUUUUACUUGAAGAUUUAUAAAUAUGAAAUCAUAAUAUUUACAUCAGCCAGUAAGGAGUAUACAGAUGCUAUUUUAAAGGGAUUCAACAUGGAUGGAGGUGUUGAUCACUGUCUUUAUAGAGAUUCUUGCAGUUCAGUGCUUGGGAGAUGGGUGAAAGACCUUAGAAAGCUUGGCAGGGAUAUGAAGAAAGUUUUUCUGGCAGAUGAUUGUCCUGAUUCCUACCAACUCCAUCCAGAAAAUGGGUUUCUUGUGAAGCCAUUUUUGGGCUCCUCACAUGACAGGGAACUAAUGAGAGUUGUGGACGUGGCCAGAAGGGCAGCACAAUGUGAAGAUGUAAGAGAAGCUCUAAUACAUUGCUCUGAGAUUGAAAGGGUUACAGCAGGGAAACAAGAAAGAGAAAAUGUUACACCAAGGGAACAAGAAAGUGAAGGUUCAAAAAAAGGUGUUGAUAUGGCUCAACCUACAGAUAGAGAAAGAGAGUCUCCGGAAGUUGGUGUUUGUAGAAAUCAAUCUAAAGGAAAAGUGAAGCAAUAUUCUAAACUCGGUGUUGGAAGGUUCCAGCCUAAGGAACUAGCCUCUAAAAAUUCUAAGGAUAGUAAGAACAUGGCUAAAUUUAAAGAGAAAAAAGGAGUAAUAUUGAAGGCUGCUGGUAAACGUGUUCAAAGAAGAGAACAAUAG